UUGAAUUCUGGGACAAAGCACGUACCGCGAUAUGAGCAUGAGCGUCCGUGUGGGAAAAGCGGUACUGUGGAGCGGCCUCACGGCGGCGUACCACCGUCCUCGGGCCGUCCUGGACUUGAUCACGCACCUCACCUUGGGCAGUCCGUUCGUCCUCCCUGUCUACGCCGACAAGAUCAUCAAUGCAAGCCAAGCAGAGCUUGCCACGCGGCUUGCCUUGACCAUCCUCGCAUUGACGCCAGCAGUAGUUCGAACAUCGUCGACGGGAUAUUUGCUGGUCGUCGUAGGAUUCCUCGUCGCCGUGAAUUUGGCCGCUGUGUUUGCCCUUUCGACGAGCCUGUCAUUCCCAGGCCUGUCGUGGUCCCCUGCCACCCAGCAGGGACUUGUGGAUGUCGUCGCCACUGGCUCGUAUGCGUUGCUACUGGGUGUGGGGUAUUUUUCGCCAAGACCAGAACCAAUCCAUUCGUUGCGCCAAAAGCAAUACCGUGCCGCACUGGUUUCGUUCUACGCUACGAAUAACCCAUCCAAGCUCGACAGUGUUGACGACCUCUUGCGCCGAUACCGGUUCCACGAGGAGGUGCUCUUCACGCGAUUGAAGAAGAAGUACCUUGAAGCUGACUCGGCAGAAACGGUGGACGACGAAGAAAGCAGUGAUGAGGACGACGAUGCCGCUGCCGAAAGGUCGGCCAAACAACUUCCACAAGUCGGCACGUCGGUACAACACGAAGACACUGAAGGCGAGGAGGAGGCAGGCCCGUUUGAACGGGCUGACACGACGCCGACGGUCCAGAGCGCCAUUGCAGACGCCCGUGCCGCGCAAAGCUCCCGUGUCGAGGAACGAAUUCGUCGUAUGAAACAGGAAUAAGUACUAUCAUAACGUCGUCAUAACGUCGUUGCUUUUGAUUGUCCUUAAACUCAAUGAUUUUUCC